AUUAGUUUUUAGCACUCAGCACCAGCAGCCGUCUCCCCACUAUAAAACAUUACAAAUAAAAUAAAUAAUCCUUAAAUGCAUGGAUCACUAGUAAUCAUCAUAACUUCAAGUAAACUAGAAACCCACAGGCGAUAUUAGAGCAGUUCCCAGUUAGUGAGAGAUUUGAGAGAGUAGAAUGGGUUGGCGUGGAAUAUUGGGUUUUGAGUACGGAAUAGUUCAAGCACCGCUGGGAGCUGAUAUUUCAGGACCGGAGCUUGUUGCUGCUGUUGCGAAUGCUGGUGGACUCGGUUUCCUCAGAGCUCCUGAUUGGGAGUCACCAGAUUACUUGAAAGAGCUGAUAAGGAAGACUCGAAGCUUAACUAAAAAACCAUUUGGGGUUGGUGUUGUUCUAGCAUUUCCUCAUGAGAAAAAUAUACAAGCCAUAUUGGAUGAAAAGGUUGCAGUGCUGCAGGUUUACUGGGGUGAAUGUUCGGAGGAGCUUGUGUUGAAAGCUCAUCAAUCUGGGGUUAAGAUUGUGCCUCAAGUUGGGAGCUUGGAGGAAGCGAAGAAAGCAAUACAUGCUGGUGUAGAUGCAAUUAUUGUUCAAGGGCAUGAAGCAGGAGGGCAUGUGAUCGGUCAGGAUGCUUUAAUUUCAUUGUUGCCGAAGGUAGUUGAUCUUGUUGGAGAUCGAGAUAUACCUCUCAUUGCUGCUGGUGGUAUUGUGGAUGCCCGUGGAUAUGUUGCUGCUCUGGCCCUUGGUGCUCAGGGCAUCUGCCUAGGAACUAGGUUUCUUGCAACUGAAGAAAGUCAUGCUCAUCCUGCAUACAAGAGAAAGGUGGUUGAAUAUGACGCAACUGAGUACACUGAUGUAUUCGGCCGUGCAAGGUGGCCUGAUGCACCACAUCGUGUUCUGCAUACACCUUUCUUCAAUGAUUGUAAAUAUAUUCCUGCUGAUCAAAAUGAAGCGGGUCAACCUGUUAUUGGCUGCGCAAUAAUACAUGAUAGGGAAAUAGAAAUUCACCGUCUUGCCGGUGUUGUUCCAAAUGCGACAACAACGGGUGACAUUGAAAGCAUGGUGAUGUAUGCCGGCCAAAGUGUAGGACUCAUCAAGGAAAUUUUACCUGCAGGGGAGGUGGUAAAGAGGUUAGUUGAAGGGGCUCAGCUUCUGAUAAAAAACAAGUUCAGUGAUAUACUGUAAUCUACAGAUGCCUUAAUUUCACACUGGAAAAUUUGGAGAAUUGGGCUACAAUGGUGAACAAAGUUGAACUAGUAUUAUUUUGAAGAAAAUAAAACUUCGUCCCUGUCAGUCAUGUUUAUUGUUCAACCAUAGUAUUUGUUGAGAAAUGGGGUACGCGAUGAACUGUUUGUUUGUUAUAUUGCAUAAUUAAGCACAAGGAUACGUUCCUUGAAUGAUUUAGACUACAAGAUCCAUUUUAGUU